AUGUCAAAAGCAGUUUCAAAUGAAAAAACAAUUGUACAGAAAAUUGCAACUAGGUGCAACGCCAUUGACAGAAUUAUGCAAGGCGGUGUAAGUGUUGGAGAAGUGACUGAGUUGUGUGGGGAGAAUGCAACCGGUAAAACUCAACUUUGCCUGCAAACCAGUAUUGCAUGUCAAUUACCUCCGUCUUUGGGUGGAAUGUUUGGAGCUUCCAUUUAUAUCCACUCAAUUGGUCCAUUUCCUAUUCGUCGUUUAACAGGUAUAAUGCCCCACAUUUUACAAUCUCCCAUAAAUCAAAUUGAUAACCCUUGUGAUCAUAUAACAACCAAGCAAGUGGAAUCCCCGCAUGAAUUACCUGAUGUUCUUGAUUGGGUUGUAAAACUGAUUAAGUAUUCACAUAACACAUGCAGGCAUAUCCGUUUAGUUGUUAUAGACUCAAUCGCUAGUAUUUGUGCUAGCCAUUUUGAGAACACGGUUGAGGGGUUAGACUCACGAACACAAUUAUUACGUGCCAUUGGAUACGGCUUACAUUCCAUCGCCUCUACAUACAAUGUUGCUGUUAUCGUUGUUAAUAAUGUUGUUGAUGUGUUUCCAAGCGACCGUGAUUCGUCUACAAACUUUAUGAUGUCAUCUGGUCGGAAGGUUCGGCCCGCUUUGGGGAAAGGAUGGACUCGAAAUAUUGCAACAAGGUUGUUUUUAUCCAAAGCACUUAAUCCCGUCACUCAAACGUCUGAUAGAUUGUGUAGUGUUUUGUUAUCUCCUACGCUCGAGUUAGAUGCUUGUAGGUUUAAAAUAACAGAGAAGGGAGUCCGAGAUGAGUAA